AUGACAUCCAUAACGCAAAAAACCCACUAUGAAAUACUGGAAGUGGAAAGAGAUUGUUCAGUUCAAGAUGUGAAAAAUGCAUAUAGAAGGAAAUUAUUAAACAUACAUCCUGACAAGACAAAUAAGCAAUUAGAUUCAGAUAUAAUAGCCAAAAUCAAACUAGCACAUGCCACUUUAUCAGAUCCCCAACUCCGGACCAAAUAUGAUGAUGAGUUAAUUCAAACUUAUAAAAAAAGUGGAUUAAUAAGUACAGGUGAAGGUCUUGAUAUUGUAAACUUGGAUGAUUUUGAAUAUGUUGAAGAGGAUGAUAUGGGGAAUUUCUUGAAAGAUUGUCCAAGGUGUACUGGAGAAAAUGGAUUUGUUUUAACUGAAGAUGAUCUAGCUGAAAAUGGGACACCUGAUGGGUUCGGUGGGUAUAAUAUUAUUGUUCAAUGUAAUGCAUGUAGUUUAUGGUUGAAGAUUAAAUAUUUUGAUCUAGAAGAUGAAGAAGAAGAAGGACAGCAAGUAUGA